GCGGGCUUAGGAAACUGUUACUAGUCUGUGAGCAAUAUGCUAACAGUCAUGGUCUUAAAUAUAAUUGCUUUAAAAGUGAAUUAAUGAUUUUUAAAUCUGGUAAUAAGUGUCCUGAAGAGGUUCCUCCAGUGUUGCUUAAUGGAGUGCCAUUAAAAAGAGUGUAUGUAUUUAAGUACCUUGGCCAUGUAUUAUGUGAUGAUAUGUGUGACGAUGAGGAUAUAAAGAGGGAGCGGAGGGCGCUGGCGACCAGGGCGAACAUGCUGGCACAUAGGUUCGGGCGAUGCACAGUGCCUGUCAAGAUAACUUUGUUUAAAGCUUUUUGCACAUCACUAUACACAUGUGCACUAUGGGCCAGCUGUACGCAGAGGGCGCUGGGUGACCUCCGCGUCCAGUAUAACAAUGCGUUCAGGGCGCUGUUGCGGCUGCCGCGCUGGUGUAGUGCAUCGGGAAUGUUCGCGCGGUGCGCGGCAUCUUUGUGCCGCCUGCGUGGCAGCCGGAACAGCCUUCUGGCCGUCUUAGCUGAUCGCUGGGAUAGUCAGCUCCUCAUACACUGGACUAGAAUGCACUCGGUGGUGGCCACCUACACAUAUAACUGAGUGUAUGUGGCUGUCACCAAGGCACCUUAAUUAGAAUUAGAAUAAGUUUUUUAAAAAAUGUAUUUUGCUCACUGUAUGGACUUUGGUCUGAAAUAAAGA